GGCUGUAUUUUUAGACCAGAUGUUUGCUAGCGUGCAUACACUGUACUUGUUUGUGCGUAUCUGUUUACCAGACGCUCAUCCAUGUUGUGUUUGGGUCCAUCAUUGUGCAUGUAUGUGCGAAUGUGUCAGGAGUCCUUUUCCAAGUUAAUCCCCUAAGAAGAGGUGUGGUUCUCUCUCUCUCUGCGCUUCCUCUCUUCUCCGUCCCUCAGUCUGAGCGCAAUACCAUCACAUGCUCUCUCUCCUCUCCUCCUCUCAUCUUCUCUUGUGCUGUUGUUAUUGCUCUGGCCGCUAGUCUGAGGGAGUUCUUCCUCUCAACGGCUCUUCUUGUCAUCUUUGCAUCACCUCACAUUCCUGUAUGAGAUGAGUUCUUGUGGCGAGAUGGGAGAGGCCAUCGAACUCAGUACCAGGGAGCCCGUGACCCCUGAGAUGAACAAGCUUCGUCAGAGCCUGAGGAGGAAGAAGCCCACCUAUGUGCCAGAGGCCAGCAGACCGCAUCAGUGGCAGGCUGACGAGGAGGCUGUACGCAAGGGCAAAUGUAACUUUGCUGUACGGUACCUGGGGUUGGUCGAGGUGGAGGAGUCAAGAGGGAUGCACGUAUGUGAGGAGGCAGUGAAGAAGCUGAAAGUUAGUGGGAAAAAGACCGUCAAGGCAGUAUUGUGGGUUUCAGCUGAUGGACUUAGGGUGGUCGAUGACAAAACCAAGGACCUAAUUGUGGAUCAGACCAUAGAGAAGGUUUCAUUCUGCGCUCCUGAUCGGAACUAUGACAAGGCCUUCUCCUACAUCUGCCGAGACGGCACUACCAGACGAUGGAUGUGUCACUGCUUCAUGGCUCUCAAAGACUCGGGGGAACGUUUGAGCCAUGCAGUUGGCUGUGCCUUUGCUGCAUGUCUGGAGAGAAAGCAGCGCAGAGAGAAGGAGUGCGGUGUGACGGCAUCUUUUGAUGCCAGUCGCACCUCAUUUGUGCGUGAGGGCUCCUUUCGCACCAACUCUUCCUGCAGCCAGCAGGGCAGCAGCAGUGAGCGUGACGACAAGCUGCAGGAUAAGAAGAAAGACCAGCCUGCUGUCAUCCCAUCUCUGCCACCUGGCACCGCUUCACCACCCGAGGGUGCAGCGUCCCCCAUGGAGCGCCCAGAACCUGGCGGGCCUCACGCCAUUCCUCGCCGCCACGCGCCUAUUGAGCAGCUGGUGCGUCAAGGCUCAUUCCGGGGAUUUCCGGCCCUUAGCCAGAAAAAUUCUCCCUUCAAGAGGCAGCUGUCACUCCGCCUCAAUGACCUGCCAUCCACGUUGCAACGCAAGACUGACUUCCAGGCCAAGAACCCUGUACCAGAGAUGGAAAUGGGGUUGCCAGGUGAGGGUGACAGUAGUAUCAACGCCCUGUGUUGCCAGAUUAACACAUCCUUCAACAAGCCUUCAGAUGAGCUCUUCUCCAAUCCCAAUUCAUCUGCAAAUGGUCCACCAACCUGCACUGUUCCUCCUGUGCUGCCUCCACCACCUGCACCGCCGCAGGCCACUUCUUCCUGGGUGCAGCCGGAUCCUCCUCUUAAUUCUCCGCCGCCUGUUUCCGUGGCAAUGCAGAUGCAGAGCGGUCACAAGCGUACACCCUCUGAGGCUGAGAGAUGGCUAGAAGAGGUCUCCAAGGCUGUCAAAGCUCAACAAACACCUCCGUCAGGCCCAACAAUCCCCACAAUCCCUGGACCACCCUCCAUGUCAAGUCAGCAGUUACCCAGCCAGGCAGCCAUAUCAGCUGCUCCGGUAUCCACUGUCCCCAUAACCCUCGGUACCAUGUCAAAACCUCUUAUCUCGGGCCCCUCUGCCCUCUCAGGUCAGCCACCAAUGCCCCUCCCACCCAUGUCAAUAUCAUCAGUUCCUCUAAUACCAGGCCCACCAGUUACAGGACCACCUAUGUCACUUCCUUCCAUGUCCAUCCCCACAAUGUCUGGUCCUAGCAUGUCUGGAGCCCCGAUGAUCCAGCCCUCCCUCUCCGGCCCCCCAGGUUCCCUUCCAAGCUCCAUGCAGCCUUUUCCCUUGGCGUUUGAUGCCACACCGGCUCCUGUGGGAAUGUUCGGCAGUCAGCCUGUCCAACCAGCCUUUGUGCCCAUGCAGACCUACAUGCCAGGCCUGGCGAGCAGUAUGACCUACCCGAACGCCAGUGUGCCUGUGGUAGGCAUCACACCAUCACAAAUGGUGGCCAAUGUUUUCUGCACUGCCACAGGUUCAUCUGGUGCAGGCACUGCCAUGGGCUCGGCUGGAACAGGUUCCAAAGUGGGGGCAAUUGGAACGGUUGGUCAUUCUUACACAGGAACAUCUGGAGGGUUUUCCACAACAGCAUUCUCUUCUACCCCACCCUUAACAACCGCAAUUAAUGGCCUCCCACCGCACAGCAGUGCUACGAUAGCAAAUGGGACCUCCAACAUUGGUGGGAAUGGUGGCAACAGUAGCACCUGGCCACCAGAAGGGAGUCAACUAACAGCUACAAUAUCCACCGUCUCCCAAGACGAUGAUCGCUUUGAGGCCCAGUGGGCGGCAUUGGAGACCAAACCAUUGUCUCAGCAGCCUGGAAAUAAAGCACCAGCUGCAGCCGCUAACCCAUUUUCCAACAAUCUGCAAAAGACUUUUGAGAUUGAGCUCUAAGCCAGAGCUAGCCUCCCAAAGCUGUAGCCCCAGAGUUGAAGCCUGAGAAAGCCAGGCACUAAUUCCUGCAUCUCUGCUUAUUAUGGGUUGCAGGUCCUUAAGGUUUGCCUAGCAUCCGAUCUUUGGCAGCCUAGAAUCCUGCUGAAAGCUCUCAAAGGAGUUCAUACCGUAAUGAUCUUAAUUGCUUUCUUUACACUCCUUUGAAAGCCUGAAAAGUAUUUGGCAGGUUGCUGGGCUGCUAUUGGUGGAUCAGGUUUCUAGCUCCCUAAACUUGAUGGACUGAAUCCUUCCACACCACCCACUACCCGCCUCUGUUUCCUGCUUUCACUUCUCUACUCUGGCUUUACAUUACCUGCUGCAAGUCUCUAGAUGUACUGUACCUGCCCCUCAUGAGAACAGUGUGGGGGAAACAGUGCAGUGGUUUCUUUCUUUAAGAUGGGACUCCACUCAGAUGCAUUCCAAUCCCAUGAGAUAAUUUUGGCAGUUUUGUGUCUGGUGGAGAUGUGGUAGAGCUUUUAGAGGAUAUGGUUUCAUCACAGAACAUGGAGGGAUGCGGAGAAGCAAUUUGUUGACUGAAUGAUGCUGAUUUUAGCCAAGCACAGCAGAAGUUUGGAUACCUGAAAGGUCUAGCCAAUGAUGUGCAACCGUUAUGAACCCAAAAGGACUUAUCGACCAAUAGUAGAGAUUUAUGGCCAAAAUUAUUUUAUUUAUUGUAUUUUAUUUUUUAUUUUAACAAGUUAUAUAUACUUAAGAAUCAAAAUUUGAAAGUAGUGUUUCAGGAGAGUGUUGUUUUUUUCCUCAUCCCCUGGAUUUAUUUUUGUUUAAUCUUAAAUAGGAGGGAUACUCCAGUAACAGAGGGACAACAGAAGAGGUUGAACAGCAGGAAGGAGAGAAAUCUUUGUAGGUCUGUUUGACUUAAGCAAAUUACAGGAACCAAAUAGCCAGGUCUGACAGUACAGCAGCAUGUAGUGCGACAUAUGACACAGGAAGUGUAUAUAGCAGCAUGUUUCUUCCAACUCUCACUUAAUUUUCCUUCUGCUGUUCAGCCCGCUGGAGUUGGUAGGGCUUCGUCUUGGCUCUUUAACCUGUUUCUAGGGCUCUGGGACAUGAAAAAUCACUUCAGGAUAUCCAACGCAUAGACACUAUGGAUCUUACAGCACAGAAGUCCUUUGAGCUCCACCUUCUUCAAAGCCGAGGAACUAAACAACUCAGUGGAAAUAAUAAUAAUAAAAAAAAGAACUACAACACUGUGCAAAUGGUUGAAAAAAUGAUGCACUACAUUCCAACUUUCAUAAAUCCUUUAAUGUGUUCACAGGGUAUUAUCAUCACAUACAGCACAUGAGGAUUGUGUGUUAAAUGCAACUGUUUGAGUCUCAGUAGCUUUGCAUUCUUAACAAUUUGUGGGGUUGAUGAUGAAACGUGAAAAGAGAUUAGGAGAACGAGCAGACAUUCACUGAUGCAGGGAAAAUAAAAGAACCAUGAGAAAUAAAGGAUAUCUGAUGCAGAGGUUUGGUGGAUGACCAAAGUCUAAUUGACAGAUUAAGGAAGGGAUUAAGAUGGAAAAGAUUGUCAGGGGAACAUAAAGAGGAAGCUGUAUGUGUGAGAGUGAAGGAGAGAAAUGAGCUACAUCUUUAAAGAACGAGAUGGAGAAAGUCUGAAGGAAAAGAAAUAAAAUAAAUUGAAAAGAAAGACAGGAAAGAAUGAGCUGUUCAGUGUGUGAGAAUUAUGAGAUAAAAUGUUCAUCAUACAACCCACUAAUUGUCAUUUUUCCAUCUGUGUCUAUUUGAGAGUUGAGGACAGGCUACUUUCAUCUCCGCAUGUUCCUGCACUCUUCAAACCUGCAUCUGAAAAAGAAAAUGCUUUGAUUAUAUUCAAGAACAUGUUCAUUAUAUUAUUACAGUCUUAAAAAAGUUGUUUUUUUUUUUCAGUAUGCACAGCACACAAUAAUAGUUAUUUAAAACUCCAGCGGUGUCGUCAAAGCAUUCUGUGUCUCGAUUUUGCAGCUUGUGGCACGACUCAUGAAAGUUUGAGUCAUAUCAAGAAUUUGCAACAUUACAAAACAUUUAAGCAGAGGUGUUCUGUGUUGAAGGACUUUUGUACAUGAGCCCUAGUGAAAAAGGGUGAAUGGUUACUGUAUGUUAUGUAAGAGCCAUCUGAACGGACAGGCUCCUGCCCUCCAGGACUGUUUUGUUUCUUGGGAAUUCAAUUGUAUGGCUGAUUAAGUUUGCUGCUGAUUGACUCCCCACAGUUUCAUUAGCUUAUUGGAUCUCUUCCUGUGGUAGUGAUCCUGGCUGAUGGGCUGCCUUCUCAGAGAACCUAAAUUUAUGUGCCACCAGCCUAAUUUAUACCAUCUCUGGUCUGGGUUUCAUCCCAUAUUUUUAGAAGAAUCAGUAUUUCUUCUUGUUCUUCCAAACAAAUCCAACUUACUUUCUUUACCCUCCUCUCUUUACAAGAUGAGACAUGAUAAUGAUGCUUUUAUUUCUUUGAAAUAUAUUUUAGCCCUCCUGUUUGCACGCCUUCCAAAUUCUAAAUGUAGGUUAAUUGUGUUCCGCAUUAAAGCAAACUAAAUGACCUCAUAAACUUGAUUGUAAAACCAUAGUUUAGUGAUGGUAACAAAGCAAACCAGUGGAGUUUAUUUUUAAUCUUUAUUUACAGAAUUUUUGUAUUUAAACCUACAUAUUUGUAUUGUAAUUACAUUGUACAAAAGAUAAAUAAAGUAAUAUAAUAUUACACCUGC